CGACUUUCGACUUUUGACAACCGACUUUCGACUUUUGACAACCGACUUUCGACUUUCGACACAACGAGCUAAGGGAAAUCAUAAUAGAGGACUUAUCGAAGAAGACAUUGUAAUAUUCAAGGAAUAGCCUGUGGUGCUAGCUAUUGAGCACCUACCACCUAAAAUGGCAACGUCCAGCCACCACCACUACGACAGUCCCCAGAUCGAAGACGACGACCUGAUCGAUCCCGAUGACGCGGACCUCAACGACUUCGACGACCCCCUCUCCACCGCACAAUCCCAGCGCGAGCCCCUCACCGGCAACAUCGCCUCCUCCUCCUCCCGCCCGCCAAACGAAAACUUCCUCACGUCGCGCAUCCUCCCCGGGGGUGAGGACCGGCGCGCGCCGCAGAACACGAUCGACGAGUCGGUCUGGGACACGCUGCGCCGCGACCUGCUGGCCGUGUGGUCCAAGAUGCGCGAGGUGCUGUACCCGCGGUACCUGUUCGGGGGCACCAUGUUCGAGAGCGCCGACGGCCUGCGCGGCGCCUACGCCAACCUGCGCGGGGCCGGGCUCGCCGGCGCAAGGGAGGAAUUGACGAGCCUCGCGGGCCGCGUCAUGGACCCGGAGACCCUGCUCCAGGGGAAUAAUAUGAGCCCCGGGCUGAGGGACUGGGACCUCUGGGGCCCGUUGAUCUUUUGUCUGGUGUUGGCUGCGCUGCUGAGUUAUUGCUCGGCUGAGGGGCAGAAGGAUGUUGUGUUUAGUGGGGUUUUUGCUAUCGUGUGGAUUGGCGAGGCGGUGGUUACGUUGCAGAUUAAGUUGUUGGGUGGGAAUAUCUCCUUCGCGCAGAGCGUGUGCAUCAUCGGAUACACCCUGUUCCCGCUGGUCCUCGCCUCCCUCAUGUCGGCCCUCGGUCUGCCUAUGAUCCCCCGAAUCCCCGUCUACCUCGUCUUGGUAGCCUGGUCGAUGGCCGCGGGUAUUAGUAUCCUGGGCGGGAGCGGCGUCGUCAAGAACCGCGUCGGAAUCGCCGUCUACCCUCUAUUCGUGUUCUACGUCGGGCUGGGAUGCCUUUGUUUCAUCAGCUAGGCGCCGUGCGUGUAGUGUAGUAGAGAUGGGAUGAUGGGUCGGUUAGUCAGUUAGGGGGGCGAAUUAUGAGUAUUUUAACAAACAACGAUUCUGUAUCUACCUAUCUUUUUUCCCCUUCUUCGAAUACCGCGCCUGCUUCCUUGUAUUCUAGGUCUCGUUGUAUGAUGGAAAUGAAUCGUGACGUAGUUAUUGCCAUUUAUUACGAGCUAUGCCAUGAUAAGUCAUGCGUGCCAACUUUUUGGGAAUGCUUACGCUGAGAUAUCGGAGGGAGUUUGGCGGGAUGGAUCAAGGUACGGUGGUAUAAGAAUAAUGAUCCAAGUAUCUGAUGCCUUCUUGUCUAUACUCGGCACUAGAUCUUGAAGUAGACGUGCUGUGCCGUAAAGCCUCUAUAGUGCUU